AUGUCCAGUAUCGAAGUGGAAUGGCGGUACUUGGCCAGAGACGCCCCUUUGGCCGCUCGCUAUAAUCACGCUCUCGCGGUUGUGGAACAAGAUCAAGGGGACCCCAAGGUGUACGCGGUGGGCGGGCAGAGCAAGGCAGCGCUGCCCCCAGACGCCUUCGUGGAGAUCUUCCUUCGCGAGGGCGACGGAUGGACCAUAGGUUCGUCGCCACCUAUCGCCACCGCGGGCAAGACGCGUGUUGGUCACGCCACCGCAGUCAUUGACGACACAAUCUUCCUUGUGGGAGGCGAAAAGGAAGGCGUUCCUCAGAACGACAUUCUGGAGUUCCACACAGCAUCUGACACGUGGAAGACGUUUGAGGUGGCAGGCACAGCCCCUCCCCCCUUGGCCUUCCACACCGCCACGCCAGUCAACAAACGCAUUUAUGUUAUUGGAGGCAAGGGAUACAGUGCAGCAACCACCGAAGUCUAUGUAUACGACCCCAAGUCCCGUGCCUGGUCCAAGCCAGAAGUGCGUGGCACACCGCCUCCCGCGCGCUAUGCGCAUGCAGCCACACUCGUUGAGCCUCUCCGCAUCGCAAUCUUCGGAGGCAAUCUCUCCGGCUCAUCAGAGAACGCACCAGGCCAGGAUCAGGACCAGCACCACCAGCAGCAGCAGCAGCAGCAGAGGGCAUGCUCAGACCUCUGGCUACUCCAAGUGGACGACUCCAAGCCAGACGCCAUUACGGUAUCAUGGGGCCAGGCGUCCUCCCAGCCGCCCGCCAUGCCCGUGGUCAUCUGCGGGCCCUCAGGCGUGGGCAAGGGGACUCUGAUCACGCGGCUCAUGGAGGAGUUUCCUGGGAGGUGCGGGUUUUCCGUGAGCCACACGACGCGGGGGCCGCGGCCGGGGGAGGAGGACGGGGUGCAUUAUAACUUCACGAUGCGCGAGGUGAUGGAGAAGGAGAUUGCGGAGGGGCGGUUUCUGGAGAAGGCGGACGUGCAUGGGAACCUGUACGGGACCAGCGUGGCUGCUGUGAAGAAGGUCACGGAUUCUGGCAAGAUGUGCAUACUGGACAUUGACGUGCAGGGCGCGCGGCAGGUGAAGGCGUCCCCGGCGCUGGAUGCUGUGUUCAUCUUUGUGGCGCCUCCCUCCUUUGAGGAGCUGGAGCGGCGGCUCAGAGGCAGGGGCACGGAGACGGAGGAGCAGGUGGAGAAGCGGCUAGGCAACGCGCGCAAGGAGAUGGAGGCAGGCAAGGACGCCACGCUCUUCAACCACACCAUCAUCAAUGACAACCUCGAUGCUGCUUAUGCCAAGCUCAAGGCACUACUCGGGUUGGGAGCUGCAGCAGAGACGGUGUCAGGGGGUGCGGCCUGGCCUGCGCCGCGCUCCCAUGCAGCAGCAGCAGCCGUGGCCUCUCGCAUCAUUCUCCAUGGAGGUCUCUCAUCCCGCGGGGCUCCCCUCUCAGAUCUUCACAUCCUCGAUCUGACAAACCUGUCCGGGGAGCCUCCAGCAGCAGCUACAGGGGUGCGUUGUGUCCCUACACACUCCAUCCCCACGCCUGCCUCCCCUUCCCUCAUCACCAACAUCCUCACCACGCUCGGCCUCUCCGAGCCUCCUAACACGGCUGAGAGAAUCCCGGCCAGGUUCGGGCACCGAGCCGUUGUGGUAGGCCCGGGAGAAGUGCUGUUUGUUGGUGGGGCUGCUUCGGAGGAAGGCUCGGCGACGGCGGGCCUGGCUGAGACGGCGAUGCUCGCACUGAAAGGGUUGUCUGCUGUGCAUUAA